AUUAAGGUGUGGGCCAGGGGUUACCCUUACUUUGGCUACAAAUGCAUGCAAACCUUUCAAAUCUUUGGCCUGGCAGUGGCAACCUUAAGCAUUACAUCAACAAAGCUAACCACUUAUUUUGCAUUGCGUAGUAUAUACCAUUCCGAUAAUAAUCUCAUUCUCAGCAUCACUAGUAAACAACGACGAUGAAAACAAUGAUAGCAACAACAUUUGAUGUCUCCGCCGUUUGCUUCCGUGCCCCUCCUUCAUGUUCUCCCCUAUGCUCACCCAAUUUAUGUCACACAAGCUCAUCACCUAUAAAAUCCCUGAACUCUCACAAGGGACGGAGAACCAUUGCUGUUCCACUCAAGUUUCCAAAUUUCCGGAUGGAAGCUUCUCUGAAGGGGAAUAUGGAGGCUAUUAGAGUUCCAAGUCCAACUUCAGUGCCCGUGCGUGUAGCAUACGAGCUUCUUCUAGCUGGUCAUCGAUAUUUGGAUGUGAGGACCCCGGAAGAGUUCAAUGCUGGACAUGCUCCUGGAGCUAUUAACAUUCCUUACAUGUUCAGAGUUGGAUCAGGGAUGACAAAGAACAGCAACUUUCUUAAGGAGGUGUCCUCACAUUUUAGGAAAGAUGAUGAAAUUAUUGUUGGGUGUCAGCUUGGUAAAAGGUCUAUGAUGGCUGCUAGUGACUUGUUAGCUGCUGGGUUCACUGGACUCACAGACAUAGCGGGUGGUUAUGCUGCUUGGACCCAAAAUGGACUUCCAACAGAACAAUGAAAUGUUAAUGUUGGACCUGCAGCUGUAUAUAGAAUAAGUUUUGGGAAGAGUCUCAUGCAUGGGGCUGCAGAAACAUUUCACCAAGGCAUUGGCAAUCUGAUACUGGGGAGGAAAAAUCCUUAAAUUGAAAUGUACAUGUAAAUGCGGGAGAAAGAGAUGGUUACAUAUAUUUGUUGAUAUCAACAAUUAAAAAAGGUUAAUAUUUAUCAAACUUCGUAAAGAAACUCUCUUUCUUGGCUUCA